AUGGCGAAUCUCCCCCCUCAAUCACCCUCUAUGAAGAAAGAUGAAUCGAAUUCCAGUGUAUGUUCCUCCAGCACUGAUUCCACCAGGAUGAUGUACGCAAAAAGUCUUGUAAUUGAAUUGAGCAAUCCCGAUCUACGAGAAAAUGCUCUUACUGUGCUCUCCAAGAUGACAGAUUUAUUUCAAGAACUCGCGCCAGUAUUGUGGAAUUCUUUUGGUAUUAUUGCAACAUUUUUACAGGAAAUAAUUUCAAUAUAUCCUGCAAUUUCAACUCCAGAUCUUACUCCACAACAAUCAGCUCGAGUAUGCAAUGUACUUGCCCUACUUCAGUGUGUGGCAUCCCACCCUGAGACAAAGAUAUCAUUUCUGAAAGCUAACAUUCCUAUAUAUUUGUAUCCCUAUCUUCGCACAACAAACAAUUCGGCACCGUAUGAGGAUUUGAGACUUGCUAGUCUUGGCGUCAUUGCUGCAACAGUGAAGGUUAAGACCAGAGAAGCCAUAGGUUUCCUUCUGGCAAGUGAAGUCAUGCCGCUGUGCCUCCAAAGUAUUGAAGUUGGCAAAGAACUGUCAAAAACAGUUGCAACAUUUAUUGUUGAGAAAAUUCUGUCAGAUCAUGUUGGUAUGGCUUAUGUUUGUGUUAUACCAGAACGCUAUCAUGCAGUAACCCGAGCUUUGGACAUGUUGGCAAGUGCUCAGAAUCAACCUUCAUCGCGGCUUGUGAAGCUUUUGGUUUCGUGUUAUAGUUAUCUCUCGGAAAAACAAGUAAUGUUUUUGCCGAAAACAAUUCCACCACCAUCUUAAGUGCUUCCAUUCAUGCCAUUUCCCUUCUUUACAAACUUCUAAUAAAAACUUAAAGAAGGGUUGUUUGGUUAUGCAUGAAACAACUAUUAUUUUCUAGACAUGUUUGUUUGAGAGUUGUGACUUUUAUUUGUUUCCUUUAAAUAACUA